AUGCCACAAACGUCGACUAGCCCACCUGGCAUCUCAGGAAGCUUUCUUCGUCGGCUCAUUGCGCUGUGGCAGCAGUAUGUACGCAGUUUACGCCACUGGUACGAGCAGUCGUGCUGGUGGCAUCGGCUUCCAUCUCUGCUCUGGAGAGCUACCUGUGGGCGGUGGCUCUUCGCAAAGGCUGCCUUGUCGCGUCAUGAAGCUGACGCAGAGAUCAGUGCGAUGCGCUUUGUUCGCGCGCAUACGAGCAUACCUGUACCUCACGUGUGGGGUUGCAUACGCUUACCUUGGGCCAGACACGAUGACUGUCAUAUCAUCAUGAAUCGUGCCGCCGGAGUUAACCUCGACAGUAUCUGGCGGAAACUCGACGAAUCUGCCCGGGAUCGCGUCGUUGAUCAACUCAAACCCUUCGUCGACGAGAUGCGUCGCAUACCAUCUCCCCAUGGCUCAGCCAUCUGUGCGGUGAACGGUAGCUCUGUGGUCGAUCACCGGCUUCCCUAUCGUCAACGAGGGCCCUUCGCUGACGAACAGGCGUUCAAUCGCAUACUACGGUACUUUGAGCCAUUGCACCUCCUUCCACCGGAUAUAGUGGCGGCGCAUGCUCUAUCACAUCCUAUUGUUCUCACACAUGGCGACCUCAUGCCGCGCAACAUCAUGGUCGAUCCCUCCACCUUGAAGAUCACCGCAGUCGUUGAUUGGGGUUGUGCGGGAUGGUUCCCGGCUUGGUGGGAAUAUCGGAAGUCCGUCUGGACGGCGUACUCUGCUCUCGAGAAGAGAUCUUGGGUCCCGCGACUUUCCCGGUUCAUGACGAUCUACCCCAUGGAGACAGAGGCGGACGACUAUCUUGUGCGGCAGUUCCCGCCAUGA